AUGGUCAUCGGGAAUCAGAAGAAAAUCAGCGAAGCCAAAGAUGUUUCUGUAUGUUUUGAAUUGGGUUAUUUUUAAUUUUUUGUCAAUUUAAAAAAAUCUCUUUUUCAAGCUAAAUUGGGCCAAGGCUUUUAGACUUGACAAUCGUGAAUUAAUUCAGAUACUCUUAAAUUUCACCCCGAAGUUAAAACACUUUAAAGAAAGUUUUUUUUUAAUUUUCAGAGUGGAUUAUUGAUCAAUGUUAUACGGACAAUUGCCACAAGUGCAUCAGACGAUCAACGCGAAUUGGCUCGAGAACGGCUACAGACUGGCUACCAAGACUCGGGUAAAGUAAUAGACCGUUUGUUAACAGAACAAGAAGAAGAUGUUAAGACAAGUGUGGAGUCGUUUAGAGAUGUGGCUACAAAUAUUAGAGGUUAGCUGAUUAAAGUUUGUUGUUUUAUCUUUAGGUAUUGCUGUGAAGGUGCUGUGGAAGUACUCAAUGUUUUAAGUAUGGUAAAAAUGUGAAGCAUGAAUAUACAGUUUGUUUAUUACAUAAUAUUUGUUUUUUGUAGAAUGUCGAGAAAGAAUAAAUCGAGUCCAAAACGCUUUAUCAGCCAGCAGAAACUUGCUACAAAGUCGUAGAGAUGAACUAAAGAAGUUAUGGAUGGAAAAUUUGGAACAAAAAAAGAUUGGUCAGAUCCUUGAACAAAUGUAAGUAUAAUACAAUAUUCUUAUCAUUUUGUCGAGUUUAGAUAUUGGAUUGCACUAAUACUCAAUAUUUGAAUUUUAUUAUUUAGAGAGGAAGUGAAGAAUAUGGAACGAAUCGUUGACGGUUUAAUGAAAGAAGAAAAAUUCCGUGAAGCUGUUGAUAAGCUGAAACGAGCUGAUAUUGCUCUAAAUGGACCAUUAUCUGCUAUCGAGGGGCUUCACCAACUUCGAACGAAUAUUAUAGAUACUAGUCAACACGUACUAAAUGUUAUAAUUGAAAAGUUGCUGGAAUGGUUGGUGGCUGAACCUUUUGAACGACAGGUAAUUUUUUGGUUCGUGAUAGGGCAAAGUAUGGGAAGAGUUUGAAAAUUCCAAAAAGUCAAUUGUUACCAAUUCUAAUGAAAUUAUUUUAGCUUUUUGAAGUAAUUCGAAAAUUGUCUGAGUCAGCGAUUGCCGAGUCAGCAGUUUGUGCCCGGCUCUUGGAGAAGAAGUACCCCGACUUUAUCACCAAUAUCACUGGCACCCAAACUCAAAUUGGUGUGGAUUUGGCAAAAGACCGUAAAACUGAGCUGAAUUUAAAAAUUGUGGAUGCGUUGGAGGCCUUAAUGGUGUUUGAUCAACUAGAUACUGCUCUGGAUCAAUUGGCUCUAAGGACUCCGAAGUUGUGCAAAACUGCGUUGAGUGAUACUGUGAAUCUAUUGAGUACGCUACAUGCAAAUGAAGGCUUGGAUUCUAAUCAUCUGGUUCAUUUCAUCAAUGUUGUAAGAAGUUGCGAAUUUUCUACGAGAAGAAAUUUUUUAAAAUGAUUUAACUUUUUGAACAGUAUGCUUUGUUUAAUACUGUUGUUUUUCAGCUGAUCGCUGAAAUGCGUGCCUGCUUUUAUGGUCAUAAAAUUCUAGCCGAUGAGGUGGGCCGACUUCGAAUGAACGAGGAAUGCAAAAAAGAAGUGAUUUGGCGAUAUUGGGACGGAAUGCAAUCAGUGAUGGAGACGGUGGUCAGUGACCAUGUCGACAUCUACCCCAUGAAGUCGGACACGCAGGAGAAGACGGUGGACAAACGCAGAAUUCUUUUCAGAUUCUCGAAUACUGCCGCUGUGUCCGGCUCUACUGGAAUCGUCGCGAAACAGCAGGUGGGGGGAAACUUUAAGAAUGGGAAGGGCAGUCUUAUGCAAGGCUGUAAUUUUUAUAUUAAAAAGAUGUAUUUUUCAGCCGUUUGCUCUAAUAUGUCCAGCAGAUCCCUACAACAUCAUUCCGAUCUUUCAUCCUUUGAACCGGUUCUGUCAUGAAAUAGAGGCGAAUAUCGACCAGUCGCCGUGCAAGUUGCACACCUUCUUACACGCCUUUGUAAUGGACAUAUUUAUCGAGCGGAUUCGCAAAGAUAUGGACCAAAAAAUUGACUACGCUUUAAGUGGCAACGAGGUCUGGCAAACUCUUGCCACCGUUGGUGGGUCAAAAAAUGUAAGUUUGUUUUAAAAGGAUAACUUGAGGUAUAUUGCUGUAAUCUUAUUUUCGUAUUUAGAAAAUAUUAGUAUCAUGCAAGCGAGUAUUUGAGUUGUGCGAACAAAUUGGACAAUUCAUUAACAGUAUGGAUGCCUAUACUCAACGUUUUGCUUCUUUAUGGGUAUUGAUCAUGGAAGAAUAUACGAAAACUGCUACUGAAAUGUAUUCUAGGGUAAGGGUAACUUAAUAAGACUUAAAAUUUAUUCUACAGUGCGCAGUCUUUUCAAUAGCUUUUAGCUAAAAUAGGCUUUACUUCUGCGUUAAUGCUACAUCGCGCUUUUUACAGAUAACACACAGUCGUACUGUACAAGGUGACAAGAUGACCGAACAUUCGAAAACUUCGGCGAAUUGGGCGGUUGACGAAGACAUUAGUCGGCUUUUGAAGUCGUUACCAUCGUGGCAAGUAGUUGUAAAUCAAACUCCACUAACUGGCGACAUGACUCCAGGCGGAAUCUUGAGUUUGAACGAAAGCGAACAGGUAAAAAACGAUUGUAAUAUGUAUCAAUAUUUUUUAAAUUUCAGGACAUUCGUCUUAGGACCCAAAGAGAGUCAGAAAUUCUGAUCUCCAAUCUCGGAUCCCUUGCCAAAAUAGACCACCACGCCGUAAUCACCGAUAUUAACCAUGCCAAAGCCAUUAUUUGUAUGCACGAAAGUCUACAAUGGUUCAGUCAAAAUAUGCGCCAUCUGAUUGCCACGAUCCCGACAAAGGCUAAGCAAGCGAUGAAGUGUCUUGUCCACAUCCGCAGCCCAGACGGCCAAGUUGUGGAACAACUCCUCAGCGACGCACUGGAACAACGCCUGGCUUCCGUAGAACAAAUGUCUGAAACCUGUCUUCUGAUGCUCCACCUGGAGCUUCGAGUGCACUGCUUCUAUCACCUACUGCCUUUGGCCAGAGGCAAUGCUCAGGACGAAAACGAUAGGGAAAUCGAGAACUUCCGAAGGGAUCUGACUCAAUUCCAUCUUCUUUUAACCCAUCACAUUGCGGCAAAUAAGCUUAAGUAUCUGUUUGACGGCUUGGGACAUUUGUGUGCUAGCAUUUUCAUACAUUGCAGGUACGGUCAACUAUUAAUAACGGAAUGAUUUUGGUUCAAAAUGAUUAAGUUUAUUCCUUUUUUUAUAUGCUUUAAAAUUUUAAUAAUGGUCUCAACUUUUAGCCAGUACAUCCAGAAAUUGACAGAAAACGGCCGAAAACGAGUAUGUCGGACGAUUUUCGCGGUUCAGAAGACCAUCAGCAAAUUGACAGCUCGUCCAGAAGCCGAACUUACUCGCGCACAGGUCUUUUUCGAGCUUUUGAACAAGUCGCCUGACCAACUUCUGGCUCAGAUUCGCGAACGUGGCCGACAAUUCACCGACUUGGAGUACCGCUACCUACUAGCGUUGGCCAUUCGCUCACACCCUGUACUGUCCUCUCAACACGGUGUACUGGAACUCAAACUGAAUCAACUCAACGAGAUUCUGAGUCAAGCAAGGAAGUAG